CAGGCAGUGCGCAGCUGCACCACAGGGCGGAGAGGCAGGCGGUGGGCACAUUCCUGCUCACAACUUGAAGCGGUCGAGUGGAGGGCUGGAGGCAGGGAGCAGCUCAAGGAUGAUGCCGUCGCCGGCUCACAGGAGCUCUCCGUCGGGCUUGAGUCUUCGGCCAGCAGCUCUCUAGUUGCCGAUGCUGAAGUAAAAUGCAGCGGCCCACACUAGCAGCGCUGGUCGGCCUAGCUGAGCACGGCUGUGUGCCUCCGCCGCUCCCGUCUCUGCUCUAGUAGUUUUCGUAAAUUAUUAUCACGGCGUUAUUGUAUCCUGGUCAAGACUUCCCCGAGCGGCUCUUUCGGGCUAAAAAUGGCCGUAGAUGGCGGCGCUCUGAAAGAUAUCAAUGAGAUUAAAUCACAGUUCCGGACCAGAGAAGGCUUCUACAAGCUGCUCACCCUUUCGGACUCCCAGCAGCGGGGCGGACUGCCGAGGGGUCCCUCCGCUGGGGCCACGCUGGGCCCGGCGACUGGAACCGGCCCGAUACCGAGCGGAGGUGUCGGGCUGCUCCAGGGGCCGGGAGCUGCCGCUGCUGCCGUCGCCGCAGCCGCCGCUGUCGCCUCCUCGUCGAAUGCCGCAGCCAACUCCUCCCCGGCGGGUUUCCUGCCGCCGGUGCGAGUCUCCAUGGUUAAGCUGCAGCCAGAAGACCCGGGCGAGGAGUCGGAGCGGGUGUGCUUCAACAUUGGCAGGGAGCUUUAUUUCUACACGUACACCAACAUUAAAAAGGCGGUGGACCUGAGCAAGCCCAUUGACAAGAGGAUUUACAAGGGCACGCAGCCCACAUGUCAUGACUUCAACCAGUACUCUGCGUCGGCUGACAGCGUGGCUCUCAUUGUGGGUUUCUCGGCCGGACAAGUGCAAUACCUGGACCCCAUCAAGAAGGAGACCAGCAAGCUUUUCAAUGAGGAGCGUCUGAUCGACAAAUCCAAAGUGACGUGUCUGAAGUGGCUCCCCAAGUCUGAAAACCUGUUCCUAGCCUCUCACGCCAGUGGCCACCUCUACCUCUACAAUGUGGAGCACUCGUGUGGCACAGCAGCGCCUCAAUACUCACUUUUGCGGCAAGGCGAGGGAUUUGCCGUGUACGCCUGCAAGACAAAAACACCCCGGAACCCUCUUCUACGCUGGGCGGUGGGCGAAGGUGGCCUCAAUGAGUUCUCCUUCUCGCCUGACGGCGUCCACGUUGCCUGCGUAGGCCAGGAUGGCUGCCUCCGGGUCUUCCACUUUGAUUCCAUGGAGCUCCAGGGCGUAAUGAGGAGUUACUUUGGAGGCUUGCUGUGUGUCUCCUGGAGCCCCGAUGGAAAGUACCUGGCCACUGGGGGUGAGGAUGACCUAGUCACCGUGUGGUCAUUCGCCGAGAGCCGUGUGGUGGCCCGCGGACACGGACACAAAUCCUGGGUCAACGUUGUGGCGUUCGACCCCUUCACCACAUCUUUGGAGGACGAAGAGCCAAUGGAGCUCAGUGGCAGUGAGGAGGACCUCCACCAGGGUGGGGUGCCCAACAAUACCACCCCGCACUUUGGGCGGGUGCGUACCAGCAGCACCCUGUCACGGCUCUCCCGGCACAGCUCCAAGGGUGGCGGCUCGGCAGCUGUCACCUAUCGAUUUGGAUCUGUGGGCCAGGAUACCCAGUUCUGCUUGUGGGACCUCACAGAUGACGUUCUGUAUCCCCGUCUGCCGCUUUCCCGUGCUUUUACCAACACAUUCGGACCAACGUUGCCCAACUCCAGUGGUGGCGGUGUGGAAGGCCAUCACCACCCGCCGGUUGUCGGCACCUCCAACCCACCCACGCUGCCUCUACCGCUCCCUCGCUCCCUCUCCCGGUCCAAUUCGCUUCCUCACCCAGCUGUCGCAAACACCUCCAAGAGCCAGGGUACCACGGAGAGUGGCACUGGCGGAACAGGAAGUGGGACCGGUACAACAGGUGGCGGCCCGGGUAACACUGCACCAUUCAGCAUCGGCCGCUUUGCUACCCUAUCCCUCCAGGAGCGCAAGUCGGACAAGUCGGUGGUAGGGGGCGGGGUGGAGAAAGAACAUAAGCGCUACCACAGUCUGGGUAAUAUAAGCAAGAGUAACGAUAAGAUCAACGUGGCACCGCGGGGCAGCGGGCGCCUGGAUGCCGCCAAGGUGCUAGGCACCACGCUGUGCCCGCGCAUGCACGAGGUGCCACUGCUGGAGCCCCUGGUGUGCAAGAAAAUCGCCCACGAGAGACUCACUGUGUUGGUCUUCAUGGACGACUGCAUCAUCACGGCGUGCCAGGAAGGGCUCAUCUGCACAUGGGCCAGGCCUGGCAAAGCGAAUUUGACAGCACAGAACGGUAACUCUCCGAGUGGCACCGUGGUAUAGCUUCACCUUCUCCACCUCCUCGUGCCACCUAAAAAUGGAAGACGACCGUCAAGACCAGAUCACCUCACCGCUGCAGUAUUGCCCUCCUCUAUCCCCGCAGACGCCACGGCCAGCUGUAUUUAAGUAAUUUAUUUUAUCAUGAGACUGUGUAGUAAUUUAUACUGUAAAUAGACAAAGUACUCUAAUGGAGAGAAGGCUGCACAGAAAGCAAGUGAACACAUUGUAUUGAAACACACUGAAUGUCUUUUAGGGGGUUAUGUCAUGAUGUCACUGUUUCUUUUAAGUUCACGCCGGAUGCUCUCAAGGCGCAACGACGGUCUCUGGGAAUGGCGUGUCAUACUCUGGUCCAAGUCCUGUGACCACAUGCACAAAACACACAGUUACUGGCGGUGUAGCAUCAUGUUUAAGACAUACUCAUUCGUCAUGCACGAAUAAGUAUUAGGCACUUAUUGGAAAGAGGGAAAAACGACAAAAAAUAUUAUGAGAAUAAAGAGAAGACAAAAAUUUUUUUUAAAAAGUUAAAAUCUUUGGGGGGGGGAUUCAUCGAGAGUAAGAUGUUUUCAGAAAAUGGCGGCAUUUCUUUGAAGCGGAAAACUUAGUUUUUGUAGAGAAAAUAAUUGAGUGUUGUUGUUUUUAAAGAUAGAUUUUAACUGCAUAAUUAAAAUAACUUUUUUUCCAGGAAAAUUGACAAUGUUUUAAUAGACAUUUUUAGUUAUGAAAAUGCCUAAAUGUUCUCCUAAAAAAAGAAAGAAAAAGAAAAUAAUUAUAACAUGUUACUAGAGAUGGCCGUUUUUUCCCAGAAGACAAUGAUUUGACAGUUAACUUAAAAUGUGAUUUAUUUUGUUUUUUUAAGAAAAAAAUUAUUUGACAAAAAUUCAAUCAAUUUUCAAGAAGUUUCUAAUCUUAUACAUUACAUUACUAUA